UCAACGUAACAAAAGUUGUAUAAGUUCACUAAACACAGCUGUAUCAUACGUUUGCUAAAAAAAUAAAACGAAAAAAAAACAAAGUGCCAAUGAAACAGGUUUAAAGGUGUUCGGGAAAGAAAUAAAAUGAAAAAUAUCUUACUAAAUUAGGUGAUUAACAUAAUGUAAAGGAGAUAACGUUGUUAAACAUUUAAAAUAUAUUUCUGCAUGCUGAUUAUGCUGUAUUCGAAGGCCAGUAUAAAACAAAGCAAUAUAUUUGACAACCAGAAUACGGCGUUUAGAUAGUAUUAGUAUAGCACCAAAUUUGUUAUGAGCUAAUUCGUGGAUUAGUAGCUGUCAAGUAACCUGAUCGUGACCGUAUAAAAAUCUCACCAGCAAUAAUAUUUUUAUACGAGUAAUACUUAUGUACAGUAAUUUGUAGUGACGAACGUGUAUAUAUACCUAAUAAUUAAGUCGGAAUGAGUGCAUCAAUAAUUGCUAACUUAUGUGUCUACAUCCUUACAUGGAAUGUAGGAACACAUCGUCCACAUGAUAUAUCUAUGACGGAUGCUUUGUCGCUAAACGGUACAACAGCUUGCCCGGAAGAAAAAUUACCUGAUAUUUAUGUUGUGGCAUUACAAGAAGUCAGCACCCAUGCUAAAAAUCAAUUUCUGAACAUUUUCAAUGAUGACCCAUGGACGUUUAAGAUAAGUGAACAUCUUACUCCCCACGAUUAUAUUAAAAUUGGAACAGAGCAGAUGCAAGGAAUAUUAAUUAUGAUGUUCGCGCAACCCAAGCACGAACCACACAUGAAAGACAUAGAGGUGCAAAGUACCCGUACAGGUUUAGGCGGUUUAUGGGGUAAUAAAGGCGCCGUAAGUAUACGCAUGAGUCUCUAUGGUACCGGUGUGACUUUUGUUGGUGCACAUUUAGCGGCACAUGACGACAAACUGAGUGAACGCAUUGAAGACUACAAUCAAAUAGUGAAUAAUCAUCAUUAUAAAACACCAAAAUAUCGUAGUAUUUUCGAUCAUGAUUACGUGUUUUGGUUCGGUGAUCUAAAUUUCCGUUUAACUGGCAGCGAUUCAGCAUGGGAUGUGCGCUCUUUGGUUGAACAGGGUAAAUUUGAGGAGCUAUUAGAACGCGACCAAUUAUCAUUGGCACGCAGUACGGGCAAUGCAUUUGCUCUACUCUCUGAAGAACUACCUACUUUUGCACCUACUUUCAAGUUCAUUGAAGGAACAUCUGAAUACGAUUUGAAGCGACGUCCAGCAUGGUGUGAUCGUAUCUUACAUCGUGUACAAGAGAAUCGUUAUCCUGAUAUAACUUUAAAUAUAACACAAUUAUCAUAUAAAUCUCAUCCCAAUUAUACACUCUCCGAUCACAAACCCGUAUCAGCUGAAUUUAUUUACAAAAUAGAGGCGCAGACCAAAACGGAUGAGGAGUUGUACGAAUUAACCCACGGUGGCAGCAGUACCGAAACCCCUUUAGCUAGUGUAACUAUCUUAUUUGUUACAACUUUGUUGACAUUGUACUAAAAUCUCGCAACGAAACUUGUUUGUAUUUAUUUUUUUUCUUGUUUGUCUAUCUGCAGUUCGAUAGCGAAAAUGUUCGGCUCGCUCCAAUGUAUUAAAAGCUAAGCAAAAACGUUUACAAAUAAGAAAUUAUAAGCAACAAGUCUGAUAAGAAGGAUCAUUUAAUUGACAGCGUGAUAAGUGCCAAAAUGCCCAGCAUAGCGGACAUACUCUAACGUAAUUUUCUUUAAUAUCAUUUUUUGUCUCAGAAUUGGUUGUGUUACAAAUUAAAAAAGUGGGCAUUUCUUUGCAUAUUGCUUCGUAUUGCAUGUAUGAAUCUCAAUAUGUGAAUUUUGAAAUUAUUUUUUUAAAUUAUGUAUAUAUGUAUGUAUGCAUAUCGAUUUUUUAGUCAUGCAUUUUUCUUCUCUAAGUAUAUUGAGUUUUAUAAUUGCCUAUUUACACUAAUUAAAUGAACAAAAUACUAACAGCUAAAGUUAUAUUACAUAUGUUAAUUCAUAAAAAUUCUUGAAUAUAGUUUUAUUAGAGCAGUAAGCCGUAAGCCCUGGCAGCUAGUGUUUCUUACUCUGUAACAUAAUAAUUGUAUUAUUAUUUUUCAUUUAAUAAAUAAAUAAAUAAAAUAAAAAUUCUUGAAAGCUAAGUUUGUUCUCGAAUAAAACUUUAUUUGUUUUGCAUAAAUAUACUCAUUUGUUUUUAAAUAUUGUCCUCUACAAACAUCUUAUAUUUCUUUUGCAAUAUUACGUAAUUAUAUACAAACAGUUAUAGUUAAAAGCUUUAAA